CGGAAAUACGUUUUUACCAGUUUCUGUAUUCAUGGUGAAGUGAGCGGGUAUCCUAAGAACUGGUGACCAAAAGGGUUACCAAUUUUUCUCUGUGUAGGUGGACAUAGUGCAUCCAUUACAAAAUGGGGCGAAGGUCCACUUCAUCCACGAAGAGUGGGAAGUUCAUGAACCCCACAGAUCAAGCUCGAAAGGAGGCAAGGAAGAGGGAGCUAAAAAAGAACAAAAAACAGAGGAUGAUGGUGAGAGCAGCUGUGCUGAAAAUGAAAGAUCCAAAACAAAUAAUCAGGGACAUGGAGAAACUUGAUGAGAUGGAAUUUAAUCCUGUGCAACAACCUCAGCUUAAUGAAAAAGUUCUCAAGGACAAGAGGAAGAAGUUAAGAGAAACAUUUGAACGUAUUCUACGCUUGUAUGAAAAGGAAAAUCCAGAAACUUACAAGGAGCUUCGGAAAAUUGAGCUGGAUUAUGAGCACAAAAGGUCCCAGCUCAGCCAGUAUUUUGAUGCUGUGAAGAAUGCUCAGCACGUUGAGGUGGAGAGCAUCCCCCUGCCAGACUUGCCACAUGCCCCUUCCAACAUUUUGAUCCAGGACAUUCCCCUGCCAGGAGCCCAGCCACCAUCCAUCUUGAAGAAGACAUCUGCCUAUGGUCCUGGGCGAAGUGUCCCUAUGCCUUUCCCUCCUGGACAUGGUGUUCCACGUUUACCUCCAGGAAAGAAGCCCCCAGGACCUCCUCCUGGUCCUCCUCCACCACAGGUACUACAAAUGUAUGGUCGUAAAGUUGGGUUUGCACUAGAGAAUAUAAUGAGGCGGCGGGAAGAGGAGGCGAGAUACAGCCCUGAAAAAGGUCAAAGGGACCAGCAUGAUGACUCAAGCUCAAGUGAAGAUGAGGGUUAUCCACAUGAGAUGGAGCAAGAUAAGGAUGAAGAUGGCAGCAGUCUAGAAGACAGUGAUAGCAACCAAUCAGACAUCAGGGACAGUGAUGGAGAAGAGUAUGUUCAGCGUGAUGAAGAGAGGAAGGACAGUGGAGAAAAGAAAGCUGGUCAUAGUGUACGGUUUGCUGAUGCACCAGAAAAGCCUCACAAGAAGAGAAAGAAGAAUGUGAAGGACUUGACUCCACUCCAAGCUAUGAUGUUGCGAAUGGCAGGUCAGGAGCUGGCAGAGGAAGAUGACGAUCAUGAUGGUGAAGAUUUCUCCUCAUCAUCGUCUUCUGACGAUGAUUCUGAUUCUGAAGAUUCCCAACGCCAUGAAGAAUCUAAAACUGAAAGUACUGAAAAAUCUUCAGCGCCGAUCACUGUGCCGCCACCUGUUACUGUCCCUCCUCCACCACUGCAGAUGCCCCCAGCCAUCAUGUCCGGUCCUCCACCCCUCGGGCCACCUCCAGUUCCUCCUCUUCGACCACCUGGACCUCCAAGUGGCAUGCCCCCUGGUCCUCCUCCAGGUGCUCCUCCCUUCCUGAGACCUCCUGGCCUUCGAGGCCCACCUCCCCGCCUCUUACCUCCAGGACCUCCACCUGGCCGUCCACCAGGCCCACCUCCAGGCCCUCCCCCUGGUUUACCUCCAGGACCUCCUCCCCGAGGGCCCCCACCUCGUCUUCCUCCUCCGGCACCUCCAGGUAUCCCACCACCUCCUCGCCCUAUGAUGCGUCCUCCUAUGGGACCCCCACCUGGUACUGCUCCCCCAGGUCUUUUCCCUCCAACAGCUUUGGCAAACCCUGGUGUAUUGAGUGCACCUCCCAGCUUGAUACAAAGGCCCAAAUCAGAUGAGAGUGGGGCAACAAUUGAGAAGAAGGCCACUGCAACCAUCAGCGCCAAACCCCAGAUUACUAAUCCCAAAGCUGAAGUAACCCGGUUUGUACCAACAGCCCUCCGUGUUCGCAGGGAGAACAAGGGGGCAGCAGCUGUAUCAACGCAGAAGAAGCCAGAAGAAGAGCCUGCAAGACCCAUGCCUAAAACAGGUCCCAAACUUGGGGUACCAAUGCCUGUGCAGACCAAGGACGAUAUGUACGAAGCUUUUAUGAAAGAAAUGGAAGGACUUCUUUAAACAUAAUUCCAAAGUAAUCAUUCUGGCAUUUCCUUUGUGAAGAUGUUUCAACAUCUAAACUUUUCACAACAGCUACUUUGAACAAUAGCUAAUAUUUUUAUUAUCCGUCUACAAUGCUGUCUUUAGGUUGCUGUGAUGACUAGUGUGAGAAGUAGUCAGGGGUUUUGGCCAUCUCUAGGACCUUGACUGUUUCACACUAUGUGGGCAUCUGCAGAAUGAUGAUAAAUGUAAAAAUAAACCCUAGGGUUCGUGCUACUGAAGGUAAAAUGGUUAGUAAAGGUAUUGUAUCAUUUAGUUACAUAGUAUACCACCUUACACAAUGGCAGAUUGUUAAUUCUUGUGUUAUUCUACACUUGUGUAAGAGGGAUAUGAAUUUUGCUAUACAGUUUAAAGUUUAGCAUUACACGUAUCCUCCUUUAAAACUAAAUUAAUAGUGUUGGUCUGCUGAUAUCCAUCCGUCUGCUUAUAUGUUCUGUUCAUUAGUGCUAUAUGCAUGCAUGAAUAGAAUAGACUGGUAGGUAUUAAACAGACCCCUACACUUCAUUUAAAAAAAAAAAAAAAAGUACAAUCCUUUAUUUAUGGCAUGAAAGCAGAGUCUAAAAUGUUGGACCAGUUCUUAAGGCCUUCCAGUGUUACUGAUGUUGUGUGUUUAUGGAAUUGAAGAGAAAAAUGCCCAUUAAAAUUUGGUACAUUAAAAAUGUGUGUGGGUAUUCCAACUGCAUGUCAAUGAGUAAAUGGUGAUUUGAUUUUGAUGUCCAUCUCAUAACAUUUCGCCUUACUAACACAGACCUACUGUAUACAUUUUCUAAUGUAGAAUGAGCCUUGUAUAUUUUAAAUCCACAGUUGUCAAUCGCAACUAUUAUUCAAAUAGUCCGUUAAUAAAAUUGUUGAUUACAUAAAGUGGCUUUGUCACCCUCCCCCUAUUUUUCCUAGUCAUGACAAAAGGCAGAGCUAGCUUUUGUCAAUCCCUCAGCUGUCACUAAUGAUGGCAGAGGGAGAAAAGGCGGUCUGGCUGGAAUCUCUAUAGACAUUAGUGUUGUGCUCUCGUGUAUGCGUGAGAGCACAGUGCUGACAUCAGCUUGGCAAAUUAAGCACUAGGAGCAACUCCCUGAAGAAUAUGACAGCGCCCUCAAAGGACAGGGUCAUAUAAGUUAAAACUACCUUGCCCUGAAACCCACAGCUACUGGAAUGCAAGCAGGGCAGUCACCAUCUGUGGUCUUUGCAAAAUAUGCAAAGACCCCAGAAGGCAACAGUUGCAUUACUAGCUAAAAAGUAAUUGUAGUGCUAAUGUGCAUAAUUGGGUCAAUUAUAAAUGGAAUGCUAGAUGACAGAGCAAAUAGCACAGUCACAUCAUAUUCUGCACAGUAGCCCUAAAGACUCAAUGCUGUGAUCAAUUUAUUGAAAUUUGCAUUGCUACUUCUAAAUUUAUCUGGAUAACUUCCCUUAGUUGCAUGAGGUGUUACUUUAUUGUGGUAUCUGACAUGUUUUGUAGACACUUUCAGAGAAAUUAUCACUCAUCCAAAGAAUUUGUUUAUUCUGUUCAGACUUAUACAUAAAUGGUCGGAUUUUUAUUAGUGACUUUGUGUUUCCUGUAAAUAUAUAUAUAUUUUUAAAUGCCUUUCAUGUUUUUUUAUGCACCUCAAAGUUCUGUUUAAAGCAUAUUAUAUGAUAACAUGAUAUGACGUGAUAUUGAAAAGAAAACGAAAAAAUUUAAACGAUUUAAGUGCGCAUAUUCUAUUAAAUUUGUACAGAACAGUG